CUUCGUCUUGGUUAAAUUCCUUGCUCUCUACGUUGGCUCUGGUGCGCUCUCUCUCUCUCUCUCGAUUCGAAAUAUUAGGGCUUUUCUCAGGCACUAGUGUGAGCUUUUUGCAAUGGCGACGGAGCCCAAGGAAGCAACUGAGGAUGCGAAGAUCGAUUUGUUUGAGGACGACGAUGAGUUCGAAGAGUUCGAGAUCAAUGAAGAGUGGGAAGACAAGGAGGAAGGGAAAGACGUGACACAGCAGUGGGAAGAUGAUUGGGAUGAUGAUGAUGUCAAUGAUGACUUCUCUCUGCAGCUGAGGAGGGAACUGGAGAACAAUACGGAGAAGAAGAACUAAGCUAAAAAAAUUUUAGAUUCAUCAUUUUCUCGUCUUUAUUCUCUGCUCUGGCGCUUGCGCUUUUUUAUGAGCUCUACAUGCUGUAUGAAGCUUAAUCAGUGAACUUUUGUAUGAGAUCAUUUGCUUUGAUAUAAAUAGGGAUUUUAAUUCUCCA